AUGCGGCAGUGGUGGGAGACUCUCGGAAGAUCCGACGUGGUCACCACGGAAAGAGUAGAGGAGGGGGCAAUAAAUGCGUGCCGCGUCGCUGCAGAGAAUGGUGUGGUGAGAGCGAUGAUGGACCUGUCCAUCGCCUACGAUUCCUUUGCCAGUAUUCGAAACGAAAAGAAGGCGUUCCAGUGGGCCGAGAGGGCUUACGGCAACGGCGCGUGCUUCCGCGGGUGUUUCGAGCGCGAUCCUUCGACAGGAAAGCCGUGGGAACCUGGAAAGCGGGAUGAAUAUCUCAAACUCGACUCGGUGCACGGAGUGGUGUACGGAGUCAACUAUUUGCUCUGGUACCUCGGUAUCAAGUACGCGUGCGGACUUGGUUGCGAGAUAAACUACAUGCGCGGGUUAUUUCUCAUGCUCCGAGCGAUCGAACUCGGGUACGACAACGACGGCGACGCGGAAGGGUUGAUGAAAUUUGUGGCGCUCAUUCGCUUUCGGGCGAGCGGCCUGGACGUUAAUACGCCUACCAAAGAGGAACUAGUUGCGUGGAUGGAGAACCACCCCGACGUUGUUUCUUCGUUUGAUAUGCAUCAUCCACCGGAGGAACUGCGGAAAGUUUUCGAGCAAGUUCAGGUGGCCGCGCUCGCGAACAAGGAGUUGAAGCAUAUGCGCCGGUGUCGAAACUGUUGCGCGGAGAGCGAAAACCUCAGGAUAUGCGCGCGUUGUAAGUCGGUGUGCUACUGCAGCAAGGAGUGCCAAGAGAUGGACUGGAGACUGGGUCUGUGGCCGCACAAGAGUAUUUGCGACAAAAUGGCUCGCUUAUGGGACGAACGCCCCGGGAGGUCAGACCAAGAGGCGCUCGCGAGUCUGUCGAAGAGUUUGGCGACGCAGUACGUGGAGAUGUGGGGCGCGAAGACGUGA